UUUCCAGCAUGAGGCGCAGGACAGGUGCUGCAUAUCAGAUUAAUUGGCGGAUCUCCUCACAGAUUGUUUUGUUGACUCCAAGUGAAACGUAGCCGCUUAUUCUAGACUGCAGAAUUAAUCAAUGAAUUCCAGUAGAUGAAAGAUGUUUAUUUGUUCAUCAUCCUUUUGCAGCACUUUGUUAUUUUAUUAGUUUAAAAAAAAAAAAGAAAGAAAGAAGAAAAACUCCGCAAGCACGUGUAAAAAUGGACGAUGGAAACAAACAGCCGCAUUCAUUUGGGAGCGGACAGCAACAGCACGGUCACCAUCCCAGACCUUUUUUCUACGUCCAGCCGCCAUCUCAGCCUUACUACCUGUACCAGCACUGGCAUCUCAACAACCCAUACAACCUGUAUGGUUUGCCUGGAGGUUAUACCUUGGGGCGUCCGAUCAUGCACCAUUACCCGUAUGUGCAUCCUGGGUUUGUUUUGCCACACCCCCAAAUACACCCGAUGGAUUACCGGCGAAUGUUUGAGCCUCGUUUCCACGGGCCCCCCUGGAACGACCUGCUUCACCAUCAGCAUCACUCCCAGCCUCAAGGCCGUCGAGAGAUGGCUUGCUCAGAGGCCCAAACCGACCCCAGUGACGCCAUAACCAAACUCAUCGAGUGCCUGGAUAAAAUUAGGGCCAGUGAGCUGGGCGCAGAGAGGGAACUCGACUCGGGCGUUGCCUCCCAAAGUUCGGGAAUCUUUUCACCGGCUGACGAAAAGAAAAGCGAGGAGCAAGGUGUUGCUUGUGCCUCCUCCUCCACCUCGUCUUCUUCAGUCCCAGACGGCGGCCAUCUGAAGUCUCCACCUGUGACGUUCAGCGACUCCACAACGGCGGUGUAUGACGGAGAGUCGAGCCAAAGGAGCAUCGAGGACAUGAGCCCUCCGGGAUGCUGGCCAGUGGAAUUUGAUGAGGAGUUGCCCCUCGAUAGCUCCUCUGUUCAUGAAGAGUGUCCCGCCGCCAAGCAGGCAGCAGCAGAAGAUGAGCCGUUUCUCCCUCCAGAGAGGACGUGCCUGCCAGAAAGUCCCAAAAAAGAAGCUACAGAUAUCACGGUCAUCAAUCAAAAUGAUCCCAAAUGUAAUGCCGACGAGCUCCUGAAGCAGAAAGGAGAAGCCGCAGCCGCCUCAAUUCAGUCAUUGCCGGCUCGCUUUCCCUCCACCCAGCCAACGCACAAGGACCCUACAAAAAGCGACAACAUCUCAGAGAUGGAAAAUCAGGCAGAAUCCCCAGAUGAGGUGAGCGUCGGCCCGAGCUACCAGAUUCUCAAGCUGCCCUUUGAGAGCUCCCUGACAGCCAGAACUCAGUCAGCCGCCCUCUCAUCCCCCACAGCCCCUUACUAUCUCAGCUACUUGACCACACAGACGACCCAUGAGCGGAUGAGCGUCCUCAGUCCAUCUCUGGACGAGCUUUCCUCCAGAGACGAGAUGUUCUCCACUGAUCUGGAGGAUGUGGAUCUCUUUCCUAAGCGCGUGUACACGAGCAGAAGGCUGGCAGAGGUGGUCGGCGGGUCUCCACAAGCAGCCGGAGGAGUUGGGAGAGUUCGGUCCGCAGGUUCAAAAAGGUUUUCGUGUGCCUGCUGCGGGAAGAGCGUGGCGAAAGGCGCGAGCAGGGGCGAAGUCCGCGGCUCGAAGCUGUACGAGGACGAAGCCGGGGACUCGGAUGAGGAAACCAGGUGCGGAAGAAGCUGCGAGCACCCAGCCAGAGUGGUUGUGAGGAAGCAUUUUGUGCCCAGGAAGGCCCAUCCUCUCCCAGUGAGGCCGGGUUCAAAACCUUGGUGUAAAAGAGGCCAGUGCAAAGAUCCCACAUCUACAGUCGACCAGGAGGAGGCGCUUGACCUGUGCAAGGAAGACCAAACAGGCAGGGAGGCUGUAGAGAUUGCGAGUGACCAGCAGUGCAGAACAUGCCAGGACAGAUUGCACAGAGAAGACGUAGCCUCUUCAGACCAAAGCAGGUGGGAAGACGGUGAUGUGAAGCCCAGAAGGAGACAGCCCACCCCGCUGCAAAGACAAGAGAUGAAUCCUCUGAGGAAAGUGCCUUGCAAGCCGCUGAUGUACCUCAGGUCAAGAGAUGAGAAAAAUGAUGACGAUGAUGAGGAGGAAGAGGACAAGCCGCCACAGUUUCACUGGGAAAGAGGUUUAGCGAUCAGAGGGGAUCCGAGGUUGUUAAUGUUCCAGGACUGACUUUUGAACGAAUGUGUUGAUCAGUGCCUCCAACAGAACGCCGAGUUACGUUCCAGGAUUGAUGUUUUUUGAAAAUAAUUUGAGCACCAGGUGAAAAUGCACUGCACAAAAUAAGAAGGUCUUUGUUGUCAGAUAUAAUUGAAGAGUGUAUAAAGUCUCUGCAGGAGGUUGACUGACACUGCCGCACUAUUCGUGAAUCGAUUUCCCACAGCAGCAAAAUGGCUGAUUGCUUGUGUUGCAGAUGUUGGUUUGCCACUGUUUGGGGCCAGUCCAAUAAAAUAUUUUGAUUACA